UUCGAUUAUUCUCAACAAGGUCAACACAAACUGUCAACAAACUGUUUUCCUUUUCAAUUGAUUUUCCUGUUUAAAUUAGUUAAUUAAAAUGACCUGUGAUGACAAAAGCUCAGGGGAUAAACCCUGUUGUAAAGGUAAACAAGCUAAAUUGGUGACCAUCGAUCAGUUACCUUUAUAUGGUAAUCCAUACCCACCAAUGGAUAAAAUAGAAACUGGUGAACGAGGAAUGAUUGAAGAAGGAAUUGGAACCGUUCGAGUUGCUAUAAUGGAGAAUCUUAAAUUUCUUGAUGGUUUCACUGGUCGAGCAAAGGAAAUUUUUGAAACAGCCAAAGCUCAUUCAAUGACCACACUUGAUUAUAUUACCGAUGAAACCAACACUGUGCCCAAAGCAUUGGCAAUUACUGGCAGCGGAUUAUUUGGCCUUCUUUUAGCAUCUAGACGAGGUUUCUUCAAGAAAUUACUCUACACAUCAGCUGGUGUUGGAAUCGCUACCGGAGUUUGUUAUCCAAAACAAUCGGAAGACAUUUUAGAUUUAGCUGGUUAUGUUGUUAAAACUAAUUACGAGAAAAUUGUUGCAGCAGCGAAAUCAUCAUCUGAAUCACCUCCUUCCAAAGAGAAUUAGUUCCAAUCAAAUUUCCAGAACAAUUAACAACAAUCAAUCACUUUAAAUCUCAAGCAAACUACAACAAUAACAAAAUGAUGAGAUGUUAAUACAAGUAGAAAAGCUUAAAGAUUAACCAAUCAUCUCGAUUUUGUGUAAAUUCAGUUAAAAAAAAUAUUUCGUUUACAAUAAUUGUAAUCAACCGAUUGUGUAAAAAUUAAAGGAAAACUAAAUUUAAUUGAAAUUUAUUCUCAUGUUUCAGUUUACCAGAAUUGACCCAAAUUCACUUUUAAUUCAACAACGAAAACAAAACAUUAUUAACCACUAGAAUAAAUUGUGAUCUAAGUGGAAAAUUAUUUAUUCUAAAUUUCCAUUUCCACCAAUUAACUAAUUAACUAAUUCACUCGGUUGAUUAACCCAAAUGAUUAAAACGAAAUUACCGCUCAAUUUGUUUCUUCGCUUCUCCAUAGAUGGAGCUGUUUAUUUUCUUCCGGUUCCGUUGAAAGAAAAUUUUUCUUGGUUAAAUUGAAUCGGUUAUUUUUGGUAAUUAAAUUAAUUUAGUUUUUGUUUUCUAAAUUGUUCUCUUUUUAGUUAACAAAGUUAAUUUAAUUAUUUAGGAUGGCUAAGUCAAAGAAUCACACCAAUCACAAUCAAAAUCGUAAAGAUCACAGAAAUGGUAUCAAAAAGCCCAAACGAUUCAGAAAGGAAUCAAUGAAAGGAGUAUG